UUCUACUUCGUCAACGAGUUGAAAUUUGAAGCAUGUAUUCCAUUUAAAAUUGUUUUGAACGAGUAAUACCAAGGUUUUUUCAAAUAAUAAUAUCGCCGGUCUAAGUAGGAUCUCGUGCCGUUAAUUUAACAAACUGCUAGAGAUGGACAAUUUUCUACGCAGCUCAAGUUUCAGUCAUGAAACUGCUUUACUUUUUACGAAUGAAAAAAUAGCUUCCGCCCGUACCAAGAUUGUGGAAGCAUUAAAUGAAUCAUUGACUGCAAAUACAACUGAAAAAUGUGAAAUAAUUGCUAAAGUGCAAGAGCUAAUUUUACACUCGGAUACGGAGCUGCUUUUGGAGUUUUUGGACAACAUACUUGCGUUCGCUCAUGAUCCAAACCAGGAGGUUCGAAAGACGGUCGCUGGUUUCAUUGAAGAAGUAUGUAAAAACAAUAUCAGUUUUUUGCCCAAAGUUGUAAAUACGUUAUUUGCGCUGCUACGUGACAUGGCACCAAGCGUAUCUAAACGAGUCAUACAAGGAUGUGGUGCCAUUUACAAUCAGGCCCUGAUGUGGAUUUGCUCCCUCACGGAUAUUACCGAGGAGGUGGAACAAGCUUGGAACACGCUUUGCUUAAUUAAGGCAUCAAUUCUGGAUAUGAUAGAUAAUGACAAUGAUGGCAUUCGAACGAAUGCAAUCAAAUUCUUGGAGGGUGUAGUAAUUCUGCAGACCUAUCCUGACGAAGAUACGCUGAAAAGAGAAAACGAUUUCUCACUGGAAAAUGUACCUCUCACGUUAAAGAUUGCCCGCAGGCGUAAAUUGGAGGAUGAAGCUGUCAAUAUAUUUGAAUUACUGUUGCAGUUUCAUGCAGCAUCGCACAUUUCGUCCAUGAACUUGCAAGCAUGUACUGGAACAUUGUGCAUCAUUGCAAGAAUGCGUCCAUCCAUGAUGAACCAAGUGGUCGAUGCUCUAAAAAAUCUACAUUCUAAUCUACCACCAACCUUGUCAAACUUCCAAGUCAGUUCCGUUAGAAAAAACCUUAAACUGAGAUUUCUUGACCUGCUGAAACAUCCGGCAUGCUUCGAGCACCAAGCAAGUAUAGCGCAGAUUCUUCAGGAUCUGGGGGCCUCGAAUAGUGAAAUAGGACGGGCUAUACCGAAAUUGGAUCGCCGGGAGCAGCAGCGGCGCGCUAAACGAGCUUUGGAAAACUCCUCAUCUGAGUUCGCCGCCAAGAAGGCCAAACUAGGUGAACACAUGCGGCGCGAAAAGGAGCGAGCCGCACCACGGCAGAUGGAAAUUGAUUACGAUGAACUGAAUGAGCAAAAAACAAAAUCCAAUCGUUUAAACGAACAAUUUCUGGUGGAUAAUCUACAGAAAUUAGAGGUUGUCAUCCAGUUGGUACGCAACAACAUGCCGAAGGUUCCACCGGAACCGAACGCACAGUAUUUGCAAAAUUAUUCUCCGAUGUCAGCUAACUCGACGAUUUCCCAGCAAAUCCAAAAAAUUGCGCAAACUUUCGCACAACAGAUGACCGAACAACGCGUCGGUCCUGGAGCUUCGGUGCUGUCUAAGGAACCCCCCAUGCGGCCCAAAAUUACAGACGAUGAGGAGAGGAACAUUAUUCUUGCUGCGGCUAUGCGGCGACGUGAUCCGGAGGCAGAGGACGAUGACGAAGAGGAGGAUCGACGUCUUCGCGAAUCAUUGGAACGCGUGAAAGGGGCAGCGGGCGAACCUAGGUUGAAGGCCAAAGUAAAGGUUCUUCGUUUGCAGGAAAUUACUAAACCGCAGAGCCGUGAUUUACGGCUCACUUUCCUGAAUGACGCAGUCAAGCGAAUAUUAAAAGCGGAAAGGGCUGCUCUGAUAGGCGGAGUUGCAUCGAAACGGAGACGAAUCGUUACAGUUUUUGGUUCUUGUUUCAUGAACUCCGUGCGGGAUGCUAUUCUAGAGUUCAUUCUGGAGGAUGUAGUUAAACGGCUGGAUUUAGCUUUUUCGUGGAUUUUUGAAGAGUACAGUCUGCUUCAGGGUUUCACCCGUCACACGUAUAUUAAAUCGGAAAUGAAAGCCGACUUCCCAUACACGCAACUAUUACUGAAGCUCCUAACUACUAUCAUAGAAAAGCAGGAUCUACGCGAGAAAGAAUCUCUUUUAAAGAGACUGUACUUAGAGGCACCAAUGCUACCAGACGACGUGAUUACUUUACUGGACCGAAUGUGUCAACUGGAAGAGCUGGCAGAUUGUGGAAUGCAAAUCACAAAGGACUUACUUAUCAGACGACCUCCAAAGGAGAAAGUUUACUUGGAAAUUUUACUAAAGUACUCAGAGUAUGAAAACACCAUCGUCCGCGAGAAAGCUAUCCACUAUUUGCUGCACGUCUACUCGCUUCACCGCAUCCUAACCGAUGAAAUGGAGAAACGCUCCUUAUUGUGGCUUGGUUUUCUGGAGCAGGAAUUCCCACCGGAGCCCAUCUUCACAAUGGAGUUGGGUCGUUACGAACAUCCGCGCGUAUGGAACGAAGAGCUCGCCAAAACAUGUCUUGGAUUGUUUUUGGAAAUUCUGGUCUACAAUCAGGAGCUAAUUCACAAGCUGUGUGACGUGUAUAUUAAAGCAACUUCGGACAUGAAACGUGCAAUGCUGAGAGCGAUUGAGGCACCUGUUCGCAAGAUCGGUGCCGAGAGUGAGGAAUUAUUAAAACUCAUUGAGAAAUGUCCGAAGGGUUCGGAGACAAUCAUUACCAGAAUUAUUUACAUUUUGACAGAGAAAACGAUUCCCACACCGGAACUGGUCGAGAGAGUACGCAAUCUGCACCAAACUAAAGUAUCGGAUGUUCGUCUUCUUAUUCCGGUCAUCAAUGGGCUCACUAAGAAUGAAAUUCUAAAUGUCCUGCCAAAGCUUAUCAAACUAAAUCCGAUGGUAGUGAAAGAAGUUUUCAAUCGACUGCUCGGUGUUGGCGCCGAGUACAGCAGUUCCAAUCUGCCCAUAAGUCCGGCCGAAUUGUUGGUAUCUUUGCAUACGAUGGAUACCAGCAAAGUCGAGCUCGUAUGGAUCGUAAAAGCCUCAUCGCUCUGCCUUGCCGAAAAGGAAACCUACACCCACGACGUCCUCGGUAGUGUUAUCCAGCAGCUGGUGGAGCUGACGCCACUGCCGACACUUCUGAUGAGAACCGUCAUUCAGUCACUAACGCUUCAUCCGCGUUUGGCGGGCUUCGUGACGAAUCUGCUCCAGCGUCUUAUAGUUAAGCAGGUUUGGAAGCAGAAGAUCGUCUGGGAUGGUUUCCUGAAGUGUGCUCAGCGUUUAGCUCCCCAAAGUAUGGGCGUUUUGAUUCAAUUACCAGCUGUACAGCUACAGGAUGCUUUAAAUAGCUAUCCUGAAUUCCGUGAACCCAUGCUGGAGCACGCCCGUGAGAUAAUGGAACACCAAAUCGGUCACGUUUCGCAAGACCGAAUGGACGUACUUCUCGGCAUUUCGCCACAUAAUCCAAACGAAAGCAGCGAAUUGCAGAUUGUUGCUAACUAUAAUGAGGAAGCGCCAAUGACUUCACAUUUGCCAGUGCUUGUCAAACAGGAGAAGGAUAUUGAACGUCCCGAACCAGCUCCACCUGGAAUGGAGUAGAGAAACUAUGCAGGCUUUCCUCUAACAAGUCUCUAUUUAAUUGAAGAGUAACGUUCUUGGUAGAUAUUGAAAAAAUAAUAAUAAAGUUGAACAUUUUCUUGCAGACAUACAGUAUCAAUAUUCCUUCUGAUCAAAUCAAGAAUAUUUUGAGACUAGAAUAUCAUUUUAUGUUUUCUGAAAGAGCUGCUGGGGAAAGUAUUAUUAUUGUUUUACUGAAUACAAAUACAAAUUA